GAUCUUACCCCCCAAGGAAAAUCAAAUAUGCAGCCCUCAACCAUCAUUGUUCUGGCUUGUCUCGUAGCAGCCGUCGCAGCGAGCGUGCACUACGAACAUUACCCCGAUGAGAUGAAUGUCCAAAACGUCCACGAGUCGCUGGGCGAGACGCCAGUGCACGAGAGGAGUGCGAGAACGAAGAGGGGUCUGCUACUUCUUAAGAAAAAACUUAUCCUUGGGGCUUUAGGUUUGAAAGCAGUGAAGGUAGGAGCCGUCGGCGCCGGAGUUGUCGGUGCGCUCGCGCUCAAAAAACAGUCAGUGAAACCUCGUGUGAUAAUUCAAACUGAACCCCGCUACGGGCCUAAAUACGUCGAAGUUCACAGCUGGUCCGGUUAAUGUAUUCGAGAUUUCUGUUAAAGCAUCACAAAUGCCGUAAGAAAUCAAAGAAACGUGGUAAUAUUAAUGUUAAGUAAUUUUAAGCGUUAAAGCUAAAGCCAUUGGGUAUUUUUAGUUUUGUGUAAGAAGUCGAUUUGAUACGUGAGCUUUAAAUGUGUCUAGAUCUUAAAUUAUCGUUAUGAUUAUUCUCCCAAUUGCCAUACACGUAAAUAAUAAAUUGAUCAACCUCAAUAACAAACAAAGGCAGUAUGAUAUAAAGAUUUAUUGAAUUUUUUUUAUUUCCUUUAUAUUACUGAGUAUUGUUAUUGAUUCCUUUUGUAAACAUUAAAGCAUUUUAUUUACCUUUGUUUUGUUAAAUAUAUGUAUAUACAGGUCUUAAACCGGUUUGCGAUUACAUUUGACUAAACAUACUUUAAAAACAAUCAGUAAAAUUUGCAGAAGAUAUAGCAAUAUUUUUUUUUAUAUGUAUAAUAAAUUGUUUGUAAAUAAUUAUUUUACCGGUAAAUUCUAUUAAAUAGUAUAAAGUAAUUCUAAAUUUUGAAUACAAGUAAAGGAAAUAGGUGAGAAUGACUAUCCUGCCUUUGUUUACAUACAACAUAAAAUUCUGUAAGAGCCAUGGUGUUUUAGCACCAGUAUAAAAUAGUGAUCGUGUUUGCUAUAAUAUUUAUAGCAAAUCGGAAUUCUGUAAAUAUGAUGAUACUGUUUUGUUUGUAAUAAA